CGAAAAUUACCCGCUAUAUAAUUAUACGGUCGCACCCCUCUAGGCCAGGGAAGAAGGGGGUUAACCCUAGUCCUAGGAUCGGAAGGGCUGAUUCAUGAGACUUAGACCUGGCUGCAAUGCAUGGCUCUCUAUAGUGACACCGAAGACACCAACCUCACCGGUUUUGAGUGGCUUAAAACUAAAGGCUUCACUGAUCAGGACAGCAGAUUGCUUUCAGAAGAAGGCCUUUGCCUUGGCCCCAAGUGGACACUGGAAUUAGCACAAAAGUGCCUUAAUAAUCAUGAAUUAGAGUUAACCACAGCUGGUAGAAGAUUACUCAAAAUGAUGUGCAGGACAGAAGAUACUUCUCUAGCGAAAGCUCAAGGUGAAAGGACAGAUUUUGGCUCUGAGGUGGGAUCUCUUGCUGGGAGUGAGGACUCGGGAACCGUGAAUUAUCAGAACACACAGCCUAUAAAUACACCACCCAGUAAGAAUAUGCCUCGGGACGUCAUUGAAGAUGAUGUGAAUGCGUCUCAACUGUUGAAGGAGCUCAAAGAUUAUACCGGAGCUACUGAUAACGAUCUCAACCGUGUGUGUUCAGAGAAGCACUUAAACAAAAUUUCCCAAAAGUUCUCUCAUUUGGAGGAACUCGCUACUUCACUAGGUCUGAAAGACAUCCAAAUAACCGAGAUUUCCACUAAACCUGGAGCCAGCCUUGCGUUCAAAUUAAAAGAAGUGCUGAAAACUUGGAAGAGAAACAAUAUUGCCAAGGCAACCUAUUGGCGGCUGGUUGAGGUGUGCUUAGAUGAUUUCAGAAACAGUGUAGUGGCUGAGUACAUUUGUAGGUUGAGUAAAGAUCACGUUCAGGAUGGAAAUGAUAAUGAGGUCUCUGCUAACAUGUUACCAGAUCACGUUCAGGAUGGAAAUGAUAAUGAGGUCUCUGCUAACAUGUUACCAGGCCAAGAACUAAACGAGUUACCCCGGUCCACUACAUGUACAAACUGUACCUGCUACUGUUGUAGUAUUAUCAUCAGUAUUGCAUUGGUUGGUCUAAUUACCCUUGCUGCUUUCUACUUUGUCGUUCCGCAAAAGAAAGGUCCUCCACCUCUUGAAAUGGCUGCAAUCCCACAAUAUCGUACAACUACUAAAACCAUACCCUCUCAAAUGCCAGCCUACACCGGCAAGCUAACAGGCACUAUCAUUACUAGAGAUGAUCGUCCUAAAAUGACACAGCUUCGUAGCUUCAAACUGAGGACUGGAACAACCAUCGAUUUCGUCUCCGGUAUUGCCCGUGACUACAGAAAAGUGGGCCAACUUUUGCUUAAAGGAUCCAAUGACGUUGAUAUUCUAGAAAUGAGCUAUCAUUAUCAAGCCAUGGAUGUUGCUGAUAGAAUUCUAGUGGAUUGGCUGAGUGGGAAAGGCAAACUCCCUGUUACAUGGGGAACAUUGAUUGACGUUUUACAAGAGUGUGGUUUGAGUAUUUUAGUGUAUGAUGUUGAAGGUCAGUUGUUAGAUUUACAUAGAGAUCGUGAUGAAUUGUAGGCUUUUGUAAAUGUAUAGAUACCAAAUUAUUUUUGUGUGCAAUUAGCUCUAGAUUUAAAAUAAUUAUGGCCAAAUACAGUA